AUGAGCGAUUACGACGACUUGGAUGAACUCGCAGAUGAGUUGGAAAACGAAAUUGAGGACUAUGAAAACGAUAACUUGAUCCAAUCUCCAUCCUCUGAUGAACCAGGUCAAAAUACUGACGAAAAUGGCGAUAGCCUGGCGAAUUACAAGCGAACUGAUGUAGAUAGUGGUCGCUUUGAUGGAAUGUUUGAUGAUUUGAACCAAUCAAGAGCUGAUUUACGCAUAGAAGAACUGGAAGGAGGCACAGAAGAUUACUCGGAGGAUGUGCUGACUGAAGAUUUGGGAGACUCCCAAGUUGGCACAAAUGUCAGUGAUUACACAGACAAUUUUGAGCUAAAUGACAAUCUGUUUGGUAAAAAUUCGGACGCUGAAGGCUCAAUGGCUCAGAAAGUUGCGUUUCCACAGAGUCGUGGUUCUCAAAAUACCAUGAAAUCGAUCGACUCAAGCAGUGAUUUUACCAGUUUAUCGGCUGAUCAGACCAAUCAGUCGCGGACAGAUGUUGAUGUUAAAUCUGCAAAGGUGGAGCCUGAGGAUUCCGAGGGCAAGGCAGAAGGGAAUCUAAAGACGGCUGGUGGCGUCGACUUCGUUAUGCCCACAAAUGACAGGGAGAACUUGAUUAAAGGCCGUUUGUUGGCUAGGAGAGGUGUGUUUUCAGCGCAUGAGCUCGUUGAUGAAUCCCUAUUUUCAACUGGAAAGGUGAUUGAUCGCUACGGAAGCAAACGCUACCAGGGUUCCGAUAUAUCCGCCAAAGAUCUCAACGACCCAGGGUGUUCUGACAAACAUUGUAUACUCAGACUUCCUGAACAUAUUGCAAAUUUAGUAAAGACUAGACUAGAAAGUAGCGAGGAUCCAGGGAUAACGUUUGAACCAACUGGAAGAUACGAUUACAGAGAGUAUAAAGUAACAAUUUCUGGCCUUGAUAAACCUCUUUAUGGGAUUUUAGGUGAAUUACCUUGUAUUAUAGAAGCACAUAAAACUCUAAACAAUGACCUUUUGUUUAAAUCUGCCGAUAUAUCACAAAUGAUGGUCGUCUACGAAGAUGACGUUACAAGUGUUGCAGACGACUUGAUUAAUCGCAUGUGGGAGUGGCCCAGUGGACUGACUCCAGCCACUAAAAAUAUUAGAAAGAGAAAGUUUAAAAACUUUGAGGUCUUCUCGAAUGAAGAAAUCAAAGACGCAGAACGUGAAGCUUUGAUAUUACUCAAUGGACUCAUAAGAGAUACCUUCCAUUACGAAAUUAAAAGCGCGCAAGAAGUGCACGACCUAGUUCAAAGUUACAGAAAUGGCAACAUCAAGGAGAGAAUUAUAGGCCCAGACGAGGAUAUUGAUGUGUAUAUCAAGGCUCUCGAGGAACAGGAAACUGAGGACCUACCAGACCUGUCAGAAAUCAUGUUUGACGCCGAUGCAAACUCUAUAUCCAGCAAGUUUAUUUACAAUGCCCUUCAGCGCAAGGCUAACAAGUGAAGCAUAGACAUACUAGCACGUAGUGUUUUAGUAAAUUAUCCUAGUCUCAGUGUUUGGUGAGAAGAGCGCGAACAUAAAUGUGACCAUGAAGGGGAAGAGUAGCGGGAAGACGUGCGAAAAGAUCGAAUAGGAUACAUUGAUAAAGUGCGAAGGAGCCCUCUCAGAGUAGACGAAGGACCGAAUGUCUGUAGGCAAAUUUGCAAGGAAUCCAAGGGUUUAGGUCAACUUACAUGGGUUUUUGAGUAGAAUCCCAAACGCCGUCUCGAGUAUCGGCCGUCCUGAAGUUUCUGAGGGCACACAUGGAACGUACCGGUUGCUACGCGCAGAAUUAGCAGUGCAAAGGCUAUAGAGUAUAUGAUAAAGAUCCUAACUCGGUAUUCUGGGAGUAUGUAACUCUAAACAUUUGUAUAAGUUGUUGGCAAACUC